AUGUACACAAAUAAUGCAAUUACUAUGCAGAUUAUGAAAAAAAUGUGUAAGUGGACAAUCUUCAUCUCAGAAAUUAAGAUAUCUGCUCUUGUCAUGGAUUGGAUGGGAAGCAUCUUUUGUUUGUAUGGUACAUCUCCACCCCUUGCAUACAUUAAUCACUAUAAAUUUCAGUAUUUAUUUCCUGUAAAUUAUUCUAAAACACUGGAAGUUUUCAUUUCCUUCAAUGCGAGUUUAAUAAAGGCGUCUCGUGGCCAAUCGCAGCUGUAA